CAUUCAACAAUUUCAUACGAGGAAGUGAUUCAACCAAUCAACGGCCCAACAAUGAAUGUAGCCCCCGAGUAUCACCAAUCUGUUAGAGUUGCAUAUGGGGACCAAUCUGAGGAAUACCUUCAGUUCUUACGCCUGAUGAACGGUCUCAAGAAUAGAAGAACUAAUAUCAUGCUUAUUCAAUUAAGAAUCAGAGAUAUAUUCGAGGAGCACCCAGAACUUGUUGCAGGCUUCAACACCUUUUUGCCUGUUGGAUAUGAGAUCUUCGUGAAAGACCAGAACGAAUACUUAAAUGUAAAAGAAGAUGAUUUUGAGGAUGCAGUAACAUUCAAAGUAAAGGUACAUCGUUAGGAGCAAUAACAAAAAAAAGAGAGGUGUUCUGCUCCUAAUCUUCUGAUGUAAUUCAGAAUGUUGCAAUUGCAUGGAGCAUACAGUCAUGAUGAAGGACGCUACAAGUCCUUUGGGGACGUAAUAAACAGAGUGAACAUAGAUAAGAAUUUUGUGGAGGCAUAUACAGAGGUACGUUGUUUAUCUAUCAAUGAUCUUCAGUUAAUUCAAAUUGUCUCCGAUUCAGUUCAUUGAAUGGCAUGCGGUGGUUCAGAUUGUUACUUAUUCAUCCUAGGGAAGGCCAAGGACGGUCAUGCCACCCCUCGAGGUUCUGAAAACUGUUCUAGUAUCCUUCUUACAUCAUAAUCAUUUCUGCAUGUAUUUAGGAAAUGGGCUUACCAAAAAUAAAGGCCUUUUAAGAAGCUUAUCUACUGACCGCUAUUCCAGGCGUAUUUCUUGCAAUGUAUAUGGCAUCAAUUCUACCGAGUUGACGUAUGAAAGCACUUUGACUUUCUAAGAGCCAGAAAAAUCAUGGAGGCUGGCUUUGCAUUCAUCUAGAUUGUAUUGAUCACUUAAUGCUUCAAAAUUAUGGUCUAGAGGUCCGGUGUGUUGGGUUUUCC